AUGAUCUUGUCGCGGACUGCCGCUGUCAUAGUAAGAGGUGUGCCAGGUGUUGUUGUUGGUCCGGGUGUCGCCGUUGUUCCAGAUGCCAUUGUUGUUCCAGGCGUCGUUGCUGUUCCAGACGUUUUCAUUCCCGAAGUCGAUCCUGUUCCGGACGUCAUUUUCGUCCCAAGAGUCGAUGCUGUUCCAGAUGUCGCUUUUGUUGAGGGCGUUGAUCCAGACGUCGCUUUUGUUGAGGGCGUUGAUCCAGACGUCGCUUUUGUAGAGGGCGUUGAUCCAGACGUCUCUUUUGUUGAGGGCGUUGACUUUACUGGAGUAGUAGGGGGAGUUGAAGAACUUCCUGCUGUAGAUGCCGCUGUGGUUGCGGCCGUUGAUGCUAAAAAUACUCAGAAUGCUUCAAUACUAAUGCUCCUGGCAAAGUUUAGCUAG